UCCAUCUUCACCGAUCCAGCUAGUCGAGUUCGUUAGCUAAAGCCACAGUGGUUCCAUAUUUACCCGCAUAUAUAUCCUCAUCUAUAUCUAUAUAUAUGUUUAGGUGAUAGCGAAUGGCGUCAACGUUGCUCUCACCCAUGGUGGACUACUACAACGACGAAGAGGAGCUGGACAGUGUGGAUGAAGACGACGACCGGAGUUUCCGAGGCAGAGAUUCAGAAGAAGAUACCGAAGACGCCAGUGAAACAGACUUGGCGAAGCAUGAUGAAGAUGAUUACGUGGAAAUCAAGGAACAGAUGUACCAAGACAAACUGGCAUCAUUGAAAAGGCAACUGCAACAACUCCAAGAAGGCACCCUACAGGAGUACCAGAAGAGAAUGAAGAAGCUGGAACAGCAAUAUAAGGAGAGACUCCGCAACGCAGAUCUCUUCCUCCAGCUCGAGACAGAGCAGGUGGAGAGGAACUACAUCAAAGAGAAGAAGGCGGCCGUCAAGGAGUUUGAUGACAAGAAGGUGGAACUGAAAGAGAACUUGAUUGCAGAACUGGAGGAGAAGAAAAAGAUGAUAGAGAACGAGAAACUAACAAUGGAGCUGACCGGAGAUUCCAUGGAAGUGAAACCCAUCAUGACACGGAAGCUACGGAGGAGACCCAACGAUCCCGUCCCAAUUCCAGACAAACGCAGAAAACCUGCUCCGGCCCAGCUAAACUACUUACUGACUGAGGAGCAAAUACUGGAGGAUCUGAGAACACUGAACAAGCUAAAGUCCCCAAAGAGACCAGCCUCACCCUCUUCACCAGAGCACCUUCCCAUCGCUCCGAUGGAAAGCCCAUCCCAGCGAUACGAGGCACGGAUAGAGGAGGGAAAACUGUACUACGACAAGAGAUGGUACCAUAAGAGCCAGGCCAUCUAUCUGGAGUCGAAGGACAACACAAGGAUCAGCUGUGUCAUCAGUUCUGUGGGCACCGGUGAGAUCUGGGUGAGGAAGACCAGUGACAGUACAAAAAUGAGGAUUUAUUUAGGCCAGCUACAGCGAGGGGCCUUUAUCAUCAGACGGCGCUCAGCAGUGUAGAUACAGCUUUCCCUCACUCUUCAUUUUCCUCCUCCCUUUCACUCUCCUCCUACAGCUUGUCUGUCGGUCGGUCGGAGACACAAAACAGGACUCACCCCUUCACACUUCCCUCCACCCUCCCGCUCAUCCUUUCAUGUUUUUAUGCCAUUGAAGUCCAUGUCGAACAUGUGAGACUGUGUAUUAACUUUAUUCAGAAUCAUGUUUGUCCAGCCACUUUGAAGGGGGUCCUUGUUUUUCUUUCUGGGAACGGGGGUGGGUAAAGUGAAUGUUUCAUACAUCUGUUUGUUUUUCUUGUACAGUUUUGCAUAUUUGACAUUUUUGUACAGACUAAACGAUGUGGCAUCACGCCCACUGAAACUCCCCACAGUGCCAAAAGGACAGGAGUUCUUGAGCAGUGGUGCCUUCCUAAACCUCCCCAAUGCAACUCUGAACACAAACAACCAGGCGUGACCGACAAAGCCAGCCGACCAGCUGAUGAUGGUCGGCCUUGGAUGAAAUUAACAUUUUUACCCCGUCCAUUCGGAUCCUGGUUACGACCCAUGUUUUCGAUCUGGCUUGGCUCCUGGCACGGAUCAAAACCGAUGGAAUGUUUGGUGUUGUUGGAUGAGGUACGCGGGCAGCUCUGAGGGUAAAACUGGACUGUCAGAGGACUGGCUAGAAAAGGCACUACACCGACCUGCAAUGCCGACGGGUUGAUCUUGGGUUAGGUGUCAUCAGGUGCUUGUAAACCACGUUUAAAAAUGAAAUGCUUUGUUCAUAUUUUUAUUAUAGAUGGUAACUGUUAUUGGAAUCAUAUCCUCUAAUUUGGUUUCAUAAUGGAAAAUAAAUUAGUGGUACUUUGGAAAAGAGGCACAAAGUCUACAUUUAUUCUUUGUGAAUCAACAGAAUUAUUCUUUUAAAUCUGAUGUGAAUGGAAACAGUAACCUGGCACCCAGGUCACUGGUUGUGGUUUUAGUAUACUGUAUGGAGCACCAUAACAUUUGAAUUAAUUUUCUGGUUUUAGUUUUAUAUUCAAGCUGAAAUAAAUUAUGCUGGUUCAGAAAUGUU